UUCCUGGUGAUGGAACCGAUUGAGGUUGAAUUUCUAGCUGAGAAGGAGCUUGUUUUUAUCCUGCCCAAUUUUCGACUGGAGAGGCUUUACUUGAUCAGUGGCGAUGUCGGCCCUCUGCAACCCAAUAUCCAGAUAGAGGUGCCGCUGUGGCUUGCAAUGCACCUCAAACAGCGGCAAAAGUGCCGCCUUCAGCCACCCUCAUGGAUGCAAGUCGAUGAACUUGAAAAGCUAAAAAGAACUGAAGCAGAAGCCGAUACGUUUCAGCCACCCCCGUCGCCGUUCUACCGAGAGAUCAUGCAAGCUUUUCUUAGUUGUGCUGCUGACGAUGUUCCUGAUGCUGACGCCGUGCAGGCCCUCGUGCAGGACUUGUGGGAUUUGCGCUCUGCCAAGCUAAGGCGCAGUAUAGCAACCAUGGUUCGAGAGCAGGCGACUCGCGCAGCGCUGAACAACAUGACGCUGAUGGAGAUCAACGCCUGCCGGCCGUUUCUGAAGGAAGCCUUGGAUCAGCUGCAUUCCCUGCGGGUCCAGUAUCAGCAGCUGGCUGCAGAACGUGGAAUGGACUAGACUGGACUAGUGAGCUACCGCAGCUCUGUGGAUGCACUGUCUUGCAAGCUUGCAGUUUGCCGUGAAGAUGGUGUAUAUUCCGACAGUGCGAUCUACUUUGCAAGAUCGUAUAAUCAUAAUGCCACAAGCAGGCGACUGCUACACGCCGAUGGCUGUGAAGUGAUAGCCACCGGAUGCUCUUCGUGCGACUAGUCCUGGCCUGGCUCAUGUUUGGUGAUCCAGUUGUACCUGCUGGCAUUUGUGGCCAUGAAAGUCACUGGCAUGCCACAAUGCUACGUCAUGGCUACUUCAAUACGUUGGUGAGCGUUCGGCUGCUCCAAAGUUGCUUGAUUUUUAUUUGGACCCAACGGUAUACCAGUACAAAGUAGCUCUUGUACGAAACUAGUUGAUCAACUCAUGGCCUCAAACCUGGCAAUGAAGUAGGGUGGCCUGGCCGUGUUUGAUCCCUUGAGCCUCCAGACACCUUUUUGGCAGGAAUUGCCUGUUCCGACGACUGCUAUCUUUUUUUACAUGUUUCCUUUUUGCUGGAGUUGAUCUUCACACGUUUACAGCUCCUUUUCCCAUCGUGCUUGGCUGGCCAACCACAAAAAAACUAUACAGGUUCUUUUAAUUUUUUGUAUCGUAUCUACGUAGUUUGUAAUUUGAGAACUCUAAAGCUCCACUGUAGGUCUAGUAUGUAUGUUGUAUCUUUGCUGCCGUGCUUUUCGAAUGUGUAUGAAGUUCAUGGUUCUUGUCUAACAAAAUUUGUUCUGGUGG